AUGAUUCUCUACGGAACUAAAACUCUUACAUUCAAUGGGUCUAAUGAACAGCUCGUAUACGGCGUCGGAGACCAACAAAUCGAGAAUAUAUUCGUUCACUUCGAUAAUCAAACGUUGGAUAUGAAUGGGAACAGCGAUCUAUUCAUAUGCGUGAACAAAAUCAAAGACAUUGUGAUUCAGUGCACGUCAACCAUCGCUGUCCAGUGGAACGUCAAGAAGUUGUAUCAACUGAAGUACAACUUCACCGAAGAGCGUAUCAAUGGAUUCAAUUACACAGACAUACGGCUGGUCAACGACACCAAUCAGUAUCUACUGUUUGGCCUGACGUAUAGCGAAGCGGUCUGUUGUGCGCUAAACGAGUUGUUUGAUUGCAUUGAAUACACUGUGCGAAGAGAGUGCAAAGAGGAUGCCAUCGAAGAGCUCAAACAAAUCAAUCAAUUAAUUCGCGCUCAGAAGCCAUACAAUUGUACGGAUAGUUUUCAAAAGUCCCAUAAGUGCAGCACUUUUAUCAGAAAAGUCACUAAUUAUAUACUGAAUUACGGCCACUCGUCGGCACAAUCCGUGUACACAUUUCAUAUACUCUUGUAUCACAUACAGAGUGUAGAGAUAGAAAUGGGUUUAAUUGUGAUAAUUGAUCACCACUGUUACCACUGUUGGCAUCCUCUUCAUUGUCUUCUUCCCAUUCCUCUUGAAAUUCUUUGGAUCAAAAUCUUUGACAUUUGUGGUAAACAUCACAUCAAAUGUCAAUCGAUCGCCGCAGUGGAGGAAUGCAUUCAUAUCUUCAAUACUUUGGCCAUAAAUCUGGAUAAAGUCUGGUUUCACUAUAAAUGCUGGCAUAAAAUCGCCAUCAAUUACGGAUCCAAUGACAGCCGAAUGGUUGCCAACCUCUUCGACACUUCCCGAAAGAUUCACAAUUUUGUGGCCGUAUUUAUACAUGAGUUGAAAUUGACGCCAACGCUCUUCGCCCACUAA